AUGGCCCAGUCAUUUGAAAAUUCCGGAGUCGAAUCUGCUUGCUUUUCUGCAGAGUCGACAACUGAGUCGACUCUGACUACAGCGGCUGGUAUUCACGCUGACAAGAACAACGAAAAUGAGCAAUCCAAUGAGUAUAAGAACUAUUUAUUUAAGAUCAUAAUUUUACCAUCAACUAUGGAAAGGUAUGAGGCCAAAGAUAAUCAACAAUUUCUAACUGUUAUAGACAAGCAAAGGAAAUUAUGGACACAUUGGAUCUUUCAAUAUUAA